AGUGUCGCGGGAGACGUGGUGGAGGAAGGAGGUGCAGCAGCGACAAGAGCUGCGCCGACUCGUAGUGAGCGGCGUAAAGUUGACCCUGAACGUGACCCUGACCAUCACUUCCCUCGUCCUCGUGCACCGUUGGAGGGGGCGGGGGCGCGGCCUGAGCGUUCACCCCACACACACACCAACUCCCGCCUUUCUCUUACCCUGGGCUGGACCACUCCGGCAUAAAGGAUAACCAUGAAGCGGGAGUCCAAAAUAUUGCUGCUGGCGGCUCUCGUCACAACGUGUUAUGCUCUUCAUAUUGACAAACCAGUCUUAAGAAGCAGACGAUCGUUUCGGACGCCAAAGAUCAGCAGAGGAUGGCGAGUAAACCCAGGAAAAGGAACACUUACUGCUGUCCGAACAGCUGGAGGUAACAGCCUUCUCAAACCUCGCUCAUUGGCUUGUAUAGAAGAGGGAUUCUUUCCUGUACCAGGAAUGUGUAGUAAAUUUUACCGCUGUGUUGACAUGAGCGGGAUGGGGCUCCGCUUCUCAGUAUUCAAUUUUGAUUGUCCAUAUGGCACCGUGUUCGAUGAUGACCUUGAUAUCUGCAAUCAUCCUUACGCGGUGAAGAACCCACGAGAGUGUGCCGGCGCCAUGGCCAGCUUGCCCUUGCCGGAACCACCAGGAGUAGAUACAUCAGGAUCUGGAGGAACUGGAGGUGUUGGAGGAACUGGAGGUGUUGGAGGAACCGGAGGUGUUGGAGGAACUGGAGGUGUUGGAGGAACUGGAGGUGUUGGAGGAACUGGAGGUGUUGGAGGAACUGGAGGUGUUGGAGGAACUGGAGGUAUUCCAGGUACAGGAGGUGUUGGAGGAACUGGAGGUGUUGGAGGAACUGGAGGUGUUGGAGGAACUGGAGGUGUUGGAGGAACUGGAGGUAUUCCAGGUACAGGAGGUGUUGGAGGAACUGGAGGUGUUGGAGGAACUGGAGGUGUUGGAGGAACUGGAGGUGUUGGAGGAACUGGAGGUGUUGGAGGAAUUGGAGGUAUUCCAGGUACAGGAGGUGUUGGAGGAACUGGAGGUGUUGGAGGAACUGGAGGUAUUCCAGGUACAGGAGGUGUUGGGGGAACUGGAGGUGUUGGAGGAACUGGAGGUGUUGGAGGAACUGGAGGUGUUGGAGGAACUGGAGGUAUUCCAGGUACAGGAGGUGUUGGAGGAACUGGAGGUGUUGGAGGAACUGGAGGUGUUGGAGGAACUGGAGGUGUUGGAGGAACUGGAGGUGUUGGAGGAAUUGGAGGUGUUGGAGGAACUGGAGGUGUUGGAGGAACCGGAGGUGUUGGAGGAAUUGGAGGUGUUGGAGGAACCGGUGUUGGAGGAAUUGGAGGUGUUGGAGGAACUGGAGGUGUUGGAGGAACCGGAGGUGUUGGAGGAAUUGGAGGUGUUGGAGGAACCGGAGGUGUUGGAGGAAUUGGAGGUGUUGGAGGAACCGGAGGUGUUGGAGGAACUGGAGGUAUUCCAGGUACAGGAGGUGUUGGAGGACCUGGAGGUGUUGGAGGAACUGGAAUACCUGGAACUGCUGGAGUGCCUGGCACAGCUGGAACACCUGGAACAGGUGGAGUACCUGGAACAGGAGGAUUGCCUGGAUCAGGACAACCUGGAACAGGAGGACUGCCUGGAUCAGGAGGAGUGCCUGGCACAGCUGGAACACCUGGAACAGGUGGAGUGCCUGGAACAGGAGGACAACCUGGAACAGGAGGACUGCCCGGAACAGGAGGACUGCCUGGAACGGGAGGACUGCCUGGAAUAGGAGGAGUGCCUGGAACUAGUGGAGUGCCUGGAACUAGUGGAGUUCCUGGAACAGGAGGACAGCCUGCAACAGGAGGAGUGCCUGGAACAGGGGGACUGCCUGGAACAGGGGGACUGCCUGGAACCGGUGGAGUACCUGGAACAGGUGGAGUCCCUGGAACAGGAGGACUACCUGGAACAGGAGGACUGCCUGGAACAGGAGGAAUGCCUGGAACAGGUGGAGUGUCAGGAACCGGUGGACUGCCUGGAACAGGAGGACUGCCUGGAACAGCUGGAGUUCCUGGAACAGAUGGAGUGCCUGGAACAGGAGGACUACCCGGAACAGGAGGACUGCCCGGAACAGGGGGACUGCCUGGAACAGGUGGAGUGCCUGGAACAGUAGGACUGCCCGGAACAGAAGGACUGCCUGGAACAGGAGGACUGCCAGGAACAGCUGGAGUUCCUGGAACAGCUGGAGUGCCUGGAACUGGAGGACUACCCGGAACAGGAGGACUGCCCGGAACAGGGGGACUGCCAGGAACAGGUGGAGUGCCUGGAACAGGUGGAGUACCUGGAACAGGAGGACUGCCUGGAACAGCUGGAGUUCCUGGAACAGCUGGAGUGCCUGGAACAGGAGGACUACCUGGAACAGGAGGACUGCCCGGAACAGGGGGACUGCCUGGGAUAGGUGGAGUGCCUGGAACAGGAGGACUACCUGGAACAGGAGGACUGCCUGGAACAGGAGGACUGCCAGGAACAGGUGGAGUGCCUGGAACAGGUGGAAUACCUGGAACAGCUGGAGUGCCUGGAACAGGAGGACUGCCAGGAACAGGUGGACUGCCUGGAACAGGUGGACUCCCUGGAACAGGUGGAACUCCUGGAACAGCUGGAGUGCCUGGAACAGGAGGACUACCAGGAACAGGAGGACUGCCAGGAACUGGAGGACUGCCAGGAACAGGUGGACUGCCUGGAACAGGUGGAACUCCUGGAACAGCUGGAGUGCCUGGAACAGGAGGACUGCCAGGAACAGGUGGAGUGCCUGGAACAGGUGGAACUCCUGGAACAGCUGGAGUGCCUGGAACAGGAGGACUGCCAGGAACAGCAGGACUGCCAGGAACAGGUGGGCUACCAGGAACAAUUGGAACUCCUGGAACAGCUGGAGUUCCUGGAAUAGGAGGACUGCCAGGAACAGGAGGACUGCCAGGAACAGGUGGAACUCCUGGAACAGGUGGAACUCCUGGAACAGCUGGAGUGCCUGGGACUGGAGGACUGCCAGGAACAGGGGGACUGCCUGGAACAGGUGGAACUCCUGGAACAGCUGGAGUGCCUGGAACUGGAGGACUGCCAGGAACAGGUGGAUUGCCUGGAACAGAUGGAACUCCUGGAACAGCUGGAGUGCCUGGAACAGGAGCACUGCCAGGAACAGGAGGAUUGACAGAAACAGGUGGACUGCCAGGAACAGGUGGACUGCCUGGAGCAGAUGGAAUUCCUGGAACAGCUGGAGUGCCUGGAACAGGAGGAUUACCAGGAACAGGAGGACUGCCUGGAACAGAUGGAACUCCUGGAACAGAAGGACUGCCAGGAACAGGAGGACUGCCAGGAACAGGGGGACUGCCUGGAACAGGUGGAAUUCCUGGAACAGCUGGAGUGCCUGGAACUGGAGGACUGCCAGGAACAGGUGGAGAGUCUGGAACAGGAGGACUGCCAGGAACAGGGGGACUGCCUGGAACAGAUGGAACUCCUGGAACAGCUGGAAUCCCUGGAACAGGAGGACUGCCAGGAACAGGUGGAGAGUCUGGAACAGGAGGACUGCCAGGAACAGGGGGACUGCCUGGAACAGAUGGAACUCCUGGAACAGCUGGAAUCCCUGGAACAGGAGGACUGCCAGGAACAGGUGGAGAGUCUGGAACAGGAGGACUGCCAGGAACAGGGGGACUGCCUGGAACAGAUGGAACUCCUGGAACAGCUGGAAUCCCUGGAACAGGAGGACUGCCAGGAACAGGAGGACUGCCAGGAACAGGUGGACUUCCUGGAACAGCUGGAGUGCCUGGAACAGGAGGACUGCCAGGAACAGCAGGACUGCCAGGAACAGGGGGACUGCCUGGAACAGGUGGAACUCCUGGAACAGCUGGAGUGCCUGGAACUGGAGGACUGCCAGGAACAGGUGGACUACCUGGAACAGGUGGUACUCCUGGAACAGCUGGAGUGCCUGGAACAGGAGGGCUGCCAGGAACAGGAGGACUGCCAGGAACAGGGGGACUGCCUGGAACAGGUGGAACUCCUGGAACAGCUGGAGUGCCUGGAACAGGAGGACUGCCAAUAACAGCAGGACUGCCAGGAACAGGGGGACUGCCUGGAACAGGUGGAACUCCUGGAACAGCUGGAGUGCCUGGAACUGGAGGACUGCCAGGAACAGGUGGACUACCUGGAACAGGUGGAACUCCUGGAACAGCUGGAGUGCCUGGAACAGGAGGGCUGCCAGGAACAGGAGGACUGCCAGGAACAGGGGGACUGCCUGGAACAGGUGGAACUCCUGGAACAGCUGGAGUGCCUGGAACUGGAGGACUGCCAGGAACAGGAGGAAUGCCAGGAACAGGAGGACUGCCAGGAACAGGAGGACUGCCAGGAACAGGUGGACUACCUGGAACAGGUGGAACUCCUGGAACAGCUGGAGUGCCUGGAACAGGAGGGCUGCCAGGAAUAGGUGGAGUGCCUGGAACAGGUGGAACUCCUGGAACAGCUGCAGUGCCAGGAACAGGAGGACUGCCAGGAACAGGUGGACUGCCUGGAACAGGUGGAACUCCUGGAACAGCUGGAUUCCCUGGAACAGGAGGACUGCCAGGAACAGGUGGACUGCCAGGAACAGGUGGACUGCCUGGAACAGGUGGAACUCCUGGAACAGCUGGAGUGCCUGGAACAGAUGGAACUCCUGGAACAGGAGGACUGCCAGGAACAGAUGGAGUGCCUGGAACAGGUGGAACUCCUGGAACAGCUGGAGUGCCAGGAACAGGGGGACUGCCAGGAACAGGUGGACUACCUGGAACAGGUGGAACUCCUGGAAUAGCUGGAGUGCCUGGAACAGAUGGAACUCCUGGAACAGGAGGACUGCCAGGAACAGCAGGACAGCCAGGAACAGGUGGAGUGCCUGGAACAGGUGGAACUCCUGGAACAGCUGGAGUGCCUGGAACAGAUGGAACUCCUGGAACAGGAGGACUGCCAGGAACAGGAGGACUGCCAGGAACAGGUGGAGUGCCUGAAACAGAAGGAACUCCUGGAACAGCUGGAGUGCCAGGGACAGGAGGACUGCCAGGAACAGCAGGACUACCUGGAACAGGUGGAACUCCUGGAAUAGCUGGAGUGCCUGGAACAGAUGGAACUCCUGGAACAGGAGGACUGCCAGGAACAGGAGGACUGCCAGGAACAGCAGGAUUGCCAGGAACAGGUGGAGUCUCUGGAACAGGUGGAACUCCUGGAACAGCUGGAAUGCCUGGAAUAGAUGGAAUUCCUGGAACAGGAGGACUGCCAGGAACAGGAGGACUGCCAGGAACAGGGGGACUGCCUGGAACAGGUGGAACUGCAGGAACAGCUGGAGUGCCUGGAACUGGAGGAUUGCCAGGAACAGGUGGAGUACCGGGAACAAUUGGAACUCCUGGAACAGCUGGAGUGCCUGGAACAGGAGGACUGCCAGGAACAGGUGGACUGCCUGGAACGGGAGGACUGCCUGGAACAGGUGGAACUCCUGGAACAGCUGGAGUGCCUGGAACAGGAGGACUGCCAGGAACAGGUGGACUGCCUGGAACAGGUGGACUCCCUGGAACAGGUGGAACUCCUGGAACAGCUGGAGUGCCUGGAACAGGAGGACUACCAGGAACAGGAGGACUGCCAGGAACUGGAGGACUGCCAGGAACAGGUGGACUGCCUGGAACAGGUGGAACUCCUGGAACAGCUGGAGUGCCUGGAACAGGAGGACUGCCAGGAACAGGUGGAGUGUCUGGAACGGGUGGAAUUCCUGGAAUAGCUGGAGUGCCUGGAACAGGAGGAGUGCCUGGAACAGGUGGAAUUCCUGAAAUAGCUGGAGUGCCUGGAACAGGUGGAAUUCCUGGAACAGCUGGAGUGCCUGGUACAGGAGGACUUCCUGGAACAGGUGGAGUACCUGGAAUAGGAGGAAUGCCUGGAACAGGAGGACUGCCUGGAACACCAGGAGUGCCUGGAACAGGUGGAGUGCCUGGAACAGGUGGAGUACCUGGAACACCGGGAGUGGCUGGAAUACCUGGGUUCCCUGGAACACCUGGAGUGCCUGGAACACCGGGAGUGGCUGGAACACCUGGAGUGCCUGGGACAGGUGGAGUGCCUGGAACAGUUGGAGUGCCUGGAAUAGGUGGAGUGCCUGGAACACCGGGAGUGGCUGGAACACCUGGAUUCCCUGGAACCCCUGGAGUGCCUGGAACACCGGGAGUGUCUGGAACGGCUGGAGUGCCUGGAACUGUUGGAAUCCCUGGAACACCUGGAGUACCAGGAACACCGGGAGUGUCUGGAACGGCUGGAGUGCCUGGCAUCCCUGGAGUGCCUGGAACUGUUGGAAUCCCUGGAACACCUGGAACUCCUGGAGGACUUUUGGGUGGAUCAGGUGUGCCUCCCCCAUUCGUACUGAUGUGCUACCACGACAACAAGUAUCGCAGACAUCCACUGUAUUGCAACAGAUACUAUUACUGUAUAUGGGACGGCACACAAUGGACCUUCCCAAUCUUUACCUGUCCUGAUCGGCUUGUGUUUGAUGAGAUCUCACAGCAGUGCUCGUUUGAAGCUGAAACUGCCUCCUGCAACGGUACCUUGGCACCGUACCCUACCCCAUUCACAUCCGAGCCGUCAGUCAGCUCCACGCCUGUCACACCAGAAACAUCUGACAGCAUGUCAGGCUCUGCCACGCCAGACACAGACGAUUUCGACACCACGCUUGGUCCAUUCGCUCCCGAGAUAACCACCCUUAUGCCUUUCGCUCCUGAAGUGACCACUCUUGGUUCAACAACGAUAACGACUACUACGCAGAAGACCUGGAUUGUUGACGAGAGUAGCCUGUACGACUGUCCGGCACCAGGAUACUAUCCCUUCGAGGGGGACUGUGUUCGAUUCUACAAGUGUUCAGUGACAGAUGACGGCAAACUUAAAGGUCUGUUGUACAAAUGUCCCCCGGCCUUCGCUUAUUCAGAAGAACGCAUGAGGUGUUGGCCGGAAGACGAAUUGCCACCAUGUCAAAGAAAGAUGCAAGGACCUCACUUACGAAUUGCCACCACCAUCCAACUCAGAAGGAAUGAUCUUUGGUGGUUCUUCAGAAAUUAGUAAUAAAGCAAUUUUAUGAGAAACAGCCCUUAUGCGUAUUCAGGCAAUGCUUUCUUCAUGGCUCGUUGUGUCUCCCUAGAAGUUACGCGAUUAACCGGAGAAAUCUAGUGUCUGACAAUGUUACAUGACAGAUUGCAAUUACGUAUAAGAUGGAAAUGAUAGCAACAGUAAUUCCCGACAAGAACUAAGCGCUGCACAGCGAAAGAAAGAAAAAAUUAUUUUGCGAUGCCCACUGUGACUAUGGGGACAUUGCAUCAGUUUCUCACGCUGCGUUCAAAGGCGACAAACUAACGCGACCAACAGAUCAUUUAUGCGGAUGUAAUACUUACCAUUGUUCACGAGGGCCAAGUCCACUAUAGACUAACUGUAGUGUGUAAACUGCUAUUUCCAGAGCGAUUGUUCUUAUCUAUGUCCUUAAAGCUCUCCUUUUCUUGAAUGUAAUCUUAGAUAAUGAAAGAAAUAAUUAUUUAUAUCAUCAUCCGAUAAAAAGAUCGUUGCUGUUCCAAGUGGUUCAAUAGUAUUUAUUGAUACGUAGUGUCUAAGUAGAUUAGACAUUUUUAUAUUCAAGAAGGCCCUGACAAUGCGUUUCUCCAACUAUGGAUCAGAAAAUAUAUUCGUGUUUGUUUUCUUUUUUCGGCUGAGAACUCAGUGAUGAGGAAAUGCUUACCCUUCGGCUUCCUCUGAGACGGAUUCAACACAGCGAUGCACUGUGACUGGAAUUUUGCUGCAUCUCUCCAUAAGCUUUACGGCGUUUCCGUCCUCACUGUCCCGCUACCUCGCCCCAUGCAGAGUCGGGACGUUGGGCAUUCAUCGCAUAGCACCGCAUUAUUGUGCAAGGCAUUAUGACUCGGUUACUCUUGAGUGAGUAUAUUUCUAUAGAUGCUACUUUGCCGCGUAAGACUAAUUUGUUUAAAAGUUUACCUCAAGACAUUUUUAUUUAUUAUGGACAGGAAGGUGCGUGCAAGGGCCUGAUGGCAUAUACUUAACAUGUAACCGAAUCACACAUGUAUAAUGUGCCAAACCCUUUGUGAUUUUGUUUGUUUCUGUGUUAUUUAAUUCAUAAAUUAUGUUAUUUGGUUGAUGUCGAAAAAAAACUAGUUGAUUAUUAUAUGAUCUGUUUUCAAUGAUAAUUUUUAUUUGCAAAUUAAGACAGUAUGUUCUAAAAUACAAUGCAAGAUUUCAUAUUUCAUCGACAUUGCCAGCGUCUGGUUGGAGCUAGCGAGAAUCAAUGUGUUGUUUCAGUUUUCCUUGCUGAACCAGCACCAAGAUUGAAACCCGCUCACUCUUCCCAGAUUUUCCUCUUGUCUACUGCCAAUUAAGCAAAUCCUCUUCAAUGUGAUUCUUUUAUCAUUUGCCUAACACUCUGCGACCUUUGAAAAUGACAGUACCACGUUGGUGAUUACAGUGAUGAAAUUCACUAUCUCGCUCGAACCCAUUAUGACUUAUUCGGAUCAGUUAUUUCAUAAUUUUAGACAAAAGAGCGACUCCAGUCUUAUUUUCUCGUUUUAUUCAACAUCAACCAUAUAAUGAGCAAAAUAUACAACAACUGUAUCGUAGACUAAGUUAUGUGAGCAUUAUCUUGUUGAAUAUAACACAACAGAUAACCAAAA